CAGAAUGUCUUCGGUUCAUCUUCUGAGAGAGUUCAUCGGUGAAAGACUGAGCGCUGCUGCCUCAGAAAUCUUCUCCGAGUUUGAGAAGACGAUCCUGCGGUACGAAGAAGAGCUCGACCGUCAGCGCAGACUGCUGGAUGUCAGCUGGAAACCUGAGCUGAAGCUGCACAGAGUCGACUUCCGACAGGAACCGGUCCACAAAAUAGAGUUGAUCUUCAUGAAUAAGCAGCACUACAACCAGGAAAGGAACUCCAGCCUGGACCAGGAGGAACCAGAACCUCCACUGAUUAAAGAAGAGCAGGGACUCUACAGCAAUCAGGAUGAAGAUCAGCUCCAUCUGAAGCAGGAGACUGAUCCAUUUAUGGUGACCACUUUGUUUGAAGAACAUGAACCAGAACCAGACGGGGAGCAGCUCAUCUCCCAGAGUUCUGCUGGACCUGAAGACCAGCAUCAAGAUUCAGGGUCAAAGAAGAUGAAUCACAGAAACGUUUGUCACGGUAACAAAGCAGACCAAUCAGCAACAUCUGAGAGGUUGUUUUCUUGUAAUAUCUGUGGGAAAGCCUUUACAGAGAAUUCACUUGUGAUCCAUCAUGUAGAGGUCCACACAGUUAGGAACCAGAACUCUGACAGACUGCAGUACUGUUGUCCCACAUGUGGUAAAAAGUUCCCAGCUUAUAGCAAUUUAGCUGUCCACAAUGAUGAAGAGUCCUGGAGGUUCAUGUGUCCUCAGAGCAGCGAUGUUGUCACUAGUCUUUUUUUAAUUAAGCCGUUUCGUUUAUAG